AUGACUACCCCAUUGCGUUCCACUAUGGAAACUCGAACGAAGUAUACAAAACCGAUCAAUAAUCGCCCCGAUGAGUGGAAGGUUGAGCAAGGUCUUGCUGCCUACAAACUUCCCAUCAUUGAUCAAAGUGGUAAAUCGGUUUUCUUCGUCGCUCCGCCUGCGGAAGCCCCAGUCACAAAAAAUGAAAAGGCUAUCCGCGCUGUUGGUGAUCGAAGUAAACUCUUUGCCCGUGAAAAGCCGGGUUGGACAGGCUACGUUGAAUGGGAGGAUUAUCCUGAAAAGAAAGCCAAAGCACACGAAAUCUUGAUAUCGCAAACUUUUGCGCCCUGCCCUGACUUUCAAUGGGGACCCAUACCUCCAACCAACCCCGUGUUACCAGGCGAUGACUUCAAGUCAUGGCAUACCGCACUAGAUAAGUCUAUUACUCCAAAUUCACUUCACUUUGUGCGUAACCACGGUGGUAUCCCCCUGAUCGAUGAGAGGAAAUUCGAAUUGAAACUCGAUGGAUUUGUCAAGUCGCCUAAAACAUACACCAUGAAAGAUUUGAUGGACGAGUCAGUAUUUCCACAGAUGGAGAGGACAAUUACGAUGCAAUGCUCGGGAACUCGUCGGAUCGAGCAGAUCUCUAUGUACGCUGGCCAAGGCGAUGAAGUUCCCCAGGCUCCGUGGGCCGAGGGUGCUAUAGGCACUGCGAGAUACAAAGGCAUAAGCCUCAAAAGGUUAAUCAAAGAUUGUGGAGGGCUGAUCAACAACGCCAAGCACCUUGAACUCUAUGGGGUAGAAACAUAUGUGAAAGACCUUAAUGUUGGAAACUACGUUGUUAGCGUCCCAUGGUCUAAAGUCAAGAGCAAUGAGGUUAUACUUGCGUGGGAAAUGAACGGUGAACCACUUCCUAAGAUCCACGGAUUCCCAUUGCGAGUGAUCGUGAUGGGAUAUAUUGGAGCCCGCAGUGUGAAAUGGCUGUAUCGCAUCAAGGCCAUUAAGAGUCCAUCCAUGGCACCUGUCCAAAGCAGGGAGUAUCUGUACUUCAACCAACAGAUGGGGAAGUAUAACCAACGACCCAUGGACGGAAUCCAGAUCCAGGAGAUGCCUGUCAGCUCUGCUAUCAUGUCUCCAUGGCAGAACCAAGUGAUUAUGCACAGUGGUAAGAUCCGUUGCAAGGGCUGGGCUUACUCUGGCGGUGGUCGGUGGCCUGAACGUGUGGAGCUAUCAGCCGAUGGGGGCUUCAAUUGGUACGCUGUUCCAGAAGAGAAACUAUCGAAGAAGGGCAAGUGGACUUGGAGGACUUGGGAUAUCGACCUUCCUUGCGAUGUAGAAGGUUGGAUUGAGAUUGUGUGCAGGUGUUGGGACAAUUCUUUGAAUACCCAACCACUUAAUGUGCGAGCAGCCUGGAACUGGGGCCUGCAUGUCACAUCCUCAGCACACCGCAUCAAGAUCUACAGCGUCAACAAAACCCACAAGCUCACCCAGCAAAAGUUGGCGCAGUUCAAAGAGCAUGGCAUUCCACUGGCUCCCUUAACUAGAUACGACCCUGUUCCAGGCGUGACCGACCAGGACAUUGAAAAAUACCAGGAAGCCCACCCGCGCGAUGUUGAUGAAUGA